UGGUUUAUUUAAUCACAGCUCGAUAGAACAUGUUCAACGCGCCGUGGAUAUGCGCUCGAUGUUUCGUGCGUCCCCGUCCGUUUCUACAACGGCGCGGCCUAAAAACCGGUCUGCAUUCCCUUCAUAUAUCUAUGUCUGUCUCAUCGUCUAGCAAUAAACUAACAUGGUCCGAUGUAGAUUCCCCCGGCAUUUCACAAGCCCUCUUAGCACGCGCUCGUUCUCUGUCCAAUGAACAUUCCACACUCUCCGCUCAUUUGGCCGAGGUUUUUGAUGCGAAACUCGCCAAAAGAGUGGGUGAACUUGCGCCAAUCGCAAGUACCUUAAAAGAGUGGGAACAGGCAAAUAGUUCUAUAUCUGAACUAUGGUCAUUGCUUGAUGACCCGGAAACCGAUGCUGAGCUGAGGUCGCUUGCAGUUGAAGAUCUGGAGAGCAGCAAGGUCGCGCUGCCUGCCAUAGCGGAUAAUCUGAAGAAGGCCCUUAUACCUCGCCACCCUUUCGCAGACCUCCCAUGUUUGCUCGAAAUACGCCCCGGCGCAGGUGGUGACGAGGCUGGCCUUUUUGCUUUCGAGGUUUUGAGAAUGUAUAUCGCCUUUUGUUCACGUCGUGGUUUCAGGUAUAGCCUCAUAAAACAGGAUGUUGCAGACGGCCCUGCACAAGACCGAUUGAGUGAAGCGGUCCUGGAAGUUGACGCGGAUGGGGCCUAUGACAUCCUGAGAACGGAGUCGGGAGUUCAUAGAGUACAGAGGGUUCCCGCCACCGAGGCGAAGGGCCGCACACAUACCAGUGCCGUUAGUGUGAUGAUACUUCCUAGUUUUCCAGACUCCGGGAGUGGCCUGGAUAGUUCACUCAAUUUCGAGGACCCAAACAGCGACUACUAUGUGGAUCCUCAAGAGGUUCGCACAGAGAAGAUGCGAGCCGGUGGCGCAGGCGGUCAGCACGUCAACAAAACCGAGUCAGCUAUUCGGUUAACCCAUAUACCAACGGGUACCGUUGUCUCCAUGCAAGAUUCACGUUCCCAACAUGCCAAUCGAAAGAAGGCUUGGCAGGUUUUACGGGCGAGAUUAGCUGAAGCAAGACGAGAAGCCCGAGAACAGGAAUUGGUUAACCUAAGGAGAGGAGCAAUGGGCGGUGUUGCUCGAAUGGGACGCGGUGACAAGAUCCGGACUUACAAUUACGGUCAGAAUCGCUGCACAGACCAUCGCAGCGGCCUCACCAUACACAACUUGGAUAGUGUUCUUGAUGGUGGCGAGGGCCUAGAAACCGUAAUGGAUAGCGUACGGACAUGGCUCGUCGAGCGCGAAAUAGAGGCCUUGGCUGCUGAAGAAUCAGUCCAAGAUAAAGAAGGACUGCGUGCCCAACAGCGGUAGGGUCAAGGGAUCGCCACAAAGACAGCUAUUCGCUUAUAGGCAUGAUGUAGAUACAGUCAUAUGAUAUGGCACACUAUAAAUUCACACGCAUCGGGCAUUCCG